UUCUUCAAUAGAAUUUUUUUUUUGACAAUGAAAGGAAAAUGUUUUUACAGAAUUAAGCUAAACAUAUUCAUCCGAAUUCCUUUUCUGGGCCCCACUUCGAACAACAAAUGAGAAAGUGUAAUUAUAAAUUAAUUGUCCGAACUGUUUCUAGUUGCAGUAAAGUCAUCGUCUGCCUCAGUUCUCCAGCUGGUCUCGCGCCCACAGUCUUUCUACCAUGGAAUGCAUAGUUCGGACGUUAAUUUUUUUGCUGUCCUUGACGGCCGUUUCGCCACAAGGAUUCUCGGCAAUGGAAUCCAUCAUUAGCCCGACCGGCAGCGGUAACGGAAUCCACAGUGUAGCCAACAGCAACCCGAGUCCCAACGCACGUCCCAAUGGAGCUGGAGGGGCUCCGAACAAUCCCGCUAUGGAAACUGUUCAAAACCCUAACCGUUUCGCCAUGGCCCCAUUUCUAGGACAACAGGGUAGACCGGGAACAGAUUUUACCCGACCCUCAGAUAAUCAUAACCCAGACCCAAAUACUCUGAUAAACAUGAGAGAAAAACCACGACCGCCGAUCAGAAUGGUAAAAAUGCCACAUCUGUGCCCCACAAUGACUUGGAGUACAGAUUCUAUGGUUGUAAUGCCGAUGCCAAUGUCCAGGAUGAAGACUGCUGUUGGAACGCUUCCAAUCAGAGGUGGAAUAGUCACACAACAGGGUAGAAAAAGUCUUCCCUUCUCUAUGGAACAAAUGAUGAUAAUGAAGAUGAGAAAUCAAAUGAUGUCUCAUCCAAACGUUUUAAACGGUGCCAUGCCUGCGUUUAACACAAUGAAUGAAGCUAUUCCACAACCAGCCAUGAUGAAUGGUAUGCCAUCUAUGAAUGGCCAAAACAUGAUGAACGGAAUGGGCGCAAUGCCACAGCCAGAACCAGCCAUGGUGAGUGGUAUGUCAUCUAUGAAUGGCCAAAACAUGAUGAACGGGAUGGGCGUAAUGCCACAGCCAGAACCAGCCAUGAUGAAUGGUAUGUUAUCUAUUAAUGGUAUGCCAUCUAUGAAUGGCCAAAACAUGAUGAACGGAAUGGGCGCAAUGCCACAGCCAGAACCAGCCAUGAUGAAUGGUAUGUCAUCUAUGAAUGGCAUGUCAUCUAUGAAUGGCCAAAACAUGAUGAACGGAAUGGGCGCAAUCCCACAGCCAGAACCAGCCAUGGUGAAUGGUAUGUCAUCUAUGAAUGGUAUGCCAUCUAUGAAUGGCCAAAACAUGAUGAACGGAAUGGGCGCAAUGCCACAGCCAGAACCAGCCAUGGUGAGUGGUAUGUCAUCUAUGAAUGGCCAAAACAUGAUGAACGGGAUGGGCGUAAUGCCACAGCCAGAACCAGCCAUGAUGAAUGGUAUGUCACCUAUGAAUGGUAUGCCAUCUAUGAAUGGCCAAAACAUGAUGAACGGGAUGGGCGUAAUGCCACAGCCAGAACCAGCCAUGGUGAGUGGUAUGUCAUCUAUGAAUGGCCAAAACAUGAUGGGCGUAAUGCCACAGCCAGAACCAGCCAUGGUGAGUGGUAUGUCAUCUAUGAAUGGCCAAAACAUGAUGGGCGUAAUGCCACAGCCAGAACCAGCCAUGAUGAAUGGUAUGUCAUCUAUGAAUGGUAUGCCAUCUAUGAAUGGCCAAAACAUGAUGAACGGAAUGGGCGCAAUACCACAGCCAGAACCAGCCAUGGUGAAUGGUAUGUCACCUAUGAAUGGUAUGCCAUCUAUGAAUGGUCAAAACAUGAUGAACGGAAUGGGCGCAAUGCCACAGCCAGAACCAGCCAUGGUGAAUGGUAUGUCACCUAUGAAUGGCCAAAACAUGAUGAACGGAAUUGGCGCAAUAGCAUCAACAAAUAUGAUGAGCAACAUGAAAUCUAUGUCUACGAUGCCAAUUUCGCAAAACAGCGUUCCGUCACAACCUGGGAAUUCCCGACAGUUAAUUUGGAUGUCCCCGUCCGCUAACAUGAUGGUAGCGAUGUCUUACCCAGCAGCCUCAAAUGGACCUAAAAGUGUGCAACGUCUAGCCAUUUACUGAUUGGAACUCGUUUGAAACAAUCGCCAUAUUUAUGCUGUUUAAGGUCAAGAUCUGGUCAUUAUGGUCACAAUUUAUUUAGAGUUGUGGUCUGAAACGGUCAAUUGCCAUAUUACAGUUUACCCGUACUUCAUUAUUUACGUUGGAAAUUAUUUUUUAUAAAUAGUCUUUGGUUUACUCUUUUUCGGAUGAUUUACGAGAAAUCUUAUUUAAAGGACUGUGAAAAGUGACUUCUGAUAGACGAAGAUUGUAAACAUCACAGUGCAGGGUGUUUAUCGUUGUGUUGAGUACUAGUAAUUAUAUUAAGUUUUUCAUUUGUAUUAUGAUAAAAAAAAAAAUACCUAAAUAAUAGUGAGAAAGGAGUGUACACUCUUCGAUUUCUAGAUCUUGGCCUUUGAGAUUAUAACAUGUAUUUAUUGAUCGAAAUUGAUUUUUGAAGAAAAGUUGAAGUGUUUUGCUGGGAUUCAAAGUAAAAAAAAAAAAUUUGGUAGAGCUGAUUUUAAU